AUGUAUCUCUGGUUGUUAUACAUAUUUUGCUCUGAUCCCUUUACUAUAAUUUUUUAUGCAGGGAAAGGGUUAUUGGUAUUAUCUGGUGCAAAGUGGCACCAGCACCGCAAGCUGCUAACCCCGGGUUUCCAUUAUGAUGUUCUGAAGCCAUAUGUGAGAGUGAUGUCAGACUGCGCUAAUGUGAUGCUGGACAAGUGGGAACAUCUGGUUUCAGAUGAGAAAUCCGUAGAGCUGUUCCAUCAUGUCAGCCUCAUGACGUUGGACACCAUCAUGAAAUGUGCCUUCAGUUACCAAAGCAACUGCCAGAAUGACAGUGAGAGUGAAUAUAUCAAGGCCGUCUAUGAGCUGUCCUAUCUGGUGGAUUACCGAGCUCGUUGUUUCCCUUAUCAUAAUGAUCUCAUCUUCAACCUGAGCCCCCAUGGAUAUCGCUUCCGGAGGGCACUAAGAACAGCUCAUGAACACACAGAUAAUGUGAUCAAGCAGCGAAAAGAAUCUCUUAAACAGGGCACUGAGUUGGAGAAGAUCAAACAGAAGAGGCACUUAGACUUUCUCGAUAUUCUUCUGUAUGCCAAGGAUGAAAAUGGUCAAGCUCUCUCUGAUGAAGACUUGCGUGCUGAGGUGCACACAUUUAUGUUUGAGGGACAUGAUACAACGGCCAGCGGGAUCUCCUGGACAUUAUACUCUAUGGCUACACACCCUGAACACCAGGACAAAUGCCGGGAGGAGAUUAGAGAGCUGCUGGGAGGUCGGAACACUUUGGAAUGGGAGGAUCUGGGUAAGAUGCCAUACACCACCAUGUGUAUUAAGGAGAGCAUGCGCCUGUAUCCACCAGUGCCAGGAGUAGCCCGUCAGCUAACCUCAUCCGUUACCUUCCCUGAUGGACGGAGCCUGCCUAAAGGUCAGUCAUCACAAAAGCUUCAUAUAUUGAGAUUGUACGUUUUUGUAUAUUUUAAACUUAGUAUUUAA